UGAUUUGCUCCUGACCUAUAAGCCAUUACACUGGUCAUGUCUUGUGCUGAGAUUUUUUUUUUUACAUGCCAGACGCGCGCGUGAUGUCAGAGCAGAAGCGCACGGGGAGCUUAGAUUCGCCCAACGCUUUCCAGCUGAGCGCGACGCCUCCUGAUAAAGAGCUGCAGUGAGGCGCGCGGAGAGUUUACUCACCCACAGCAGUGCAUCACAAGUUCAAGGGGGAAGAGAGAGCAGGUGUUUGGAUUGAUAGAAACUAAAUCGAGCUGUUACCUGCACUUUUCAUUUGCUUUGUUUUUCCUUCUGUCGUCGGAGUUGUGCGUGUGGCCAUCGCGUACUGUUAAGCAGGCCGGAUAGACGUUAUUUAGCGACGCUGAUUGUAUGUGCGCGCGCGCGUGUGCGUGCGUGUGUGUGUGUGUGUGUUUGCGCGCGCGUGUGUCUGAUCACCGGAGUGGCUGUGCGCUCAGUGGGCCGCCGCGUUCGAUCAUGUCCUCACUUUCGACUCAGUAAGAGGAAUCAAACUUUAUCCGCAACAAGUCGCGCCUGUGGGCACCUGAUCCAGACGAGGCGCUCGUGUCCAGGGUGAUGAUGGAGAGCGCGGUUUACCCCCCGGCGAGGAUUUUCGGCACCCCUUCACCAACGACGGCGGGAGGAAGUAUGGUUAACAACACUAAACCCCUGGCGUUCUCCAUCGAGCGGAUUAUGGCCAGGACGCCGGAACCCAAGUCGAUGCUGUCUCUCACGAACUCUGUGCAGCACAGUGCCGCGGGAAAGGCCGACACAAGGCCCUCACUCGCUGUGACUCCAUCCCCGCUGCACUGUGUGCUACCCCUCAUGCCGCUCACCUACGAGCCCGCGCACAAACUUCACAGACUAGAGUCGAGUCGCAUCGAGCCGGAGUUUCCCUACAGCGCCGGCGAGCUUCUGAGCAUCGGUGCCAACGCCAAGGGCGAGCAGCGGGACGCAGCACCGGCAAUUGGACAGUAUAAACUUUUUCGGCCACGGGUACUUUCGCACUCAUCCAUGCACACCGCCACUGCCGCCGUGUGCUACGUGAACUGUGGGGAGAGCGCAUGCGCGCCUCCGCCCGCCGCCCUGCUCAACCUGCACCCGGUGGCCUCAUACCUGUUGAACACCCCGUUACACACUCGCCACAAAAGCCUGCUGGCGGAAAAAAGCAGAGGGGCGCACGGCCUGGACUCUUACCCCGGAGCGCUGGCGCUGAAGGAGCUCUCUCACUCUCAGCUGCAGCAUUACAUGAAGGAGGGCGCGCACAUCCUCUCUGAGAAACUGUUCAAGAGCUCCGCCAAGUUACACUCUGCUUCUCCACCAGCCAAAGCUAAAGUGUUCACUUGUGAAGUGUGCGGCAAGGUGUUCAACGCGCACUAUAAUUUAACCCGCCACAUGCCCGUGCACACCGGAGCCAGACCGUUCGUGUGUAAAGUGUGCGGCAAAGGAUUUCGUCAAGCAAGCACACUCUGUCGCCACAAAAUUAUUCAUACUCAGGAAAAGCCGCAUAAAUGCCAUCAGUGUGGGAAAGCAUUUAACCGGAGCUCCACUCUUAACACACACGCGCGCAUCCACGCAGGAUAUAAACCAUUUGUGUGCGAAUUUUGUGGAAAGGGAUUCCACCAAAAAGGCAAUUAUAAAAAUCAUAAAUUGACGCACAGCGGCGAGAAACAGUUCAAGUGCAAUAUCUGCAACAAAGCCUUCCACCAGGUUUACAACCUGACUUUCCACAUGCACACGCACAACGACAAGAAACCCUUCACGUGUCCCACAUGCGGCAAAGGCUUCUGCAGGAACUUCGACCUGAAGAAACACAUAAGAAAACUACACGACGCUUCACCGGAUCCGCUCUCACCAACAGAGCAGCGUGAAGCCCAGUGAACACUCUCCAUAAACUGUGGUUAUUACACAUGUAACAGCACAUAACCAACAUAAACAGUGUGUCAAAAUAGACCAUACAGAUUAGUGCGACAGUGUGCAGGUUUGCGGGUUUGACAGACUGGGCUGUUCCGCAACCAAAUGUUUGUUUGUUUUUGUUUGUUUGUUGUUGUUUUUUAUUUUUAUUUUUAUUUUUUUUUACAUUCGUUUGUGGAAAUACAAGUAUAUAAUUCUAGCAUUAUUUUCACUCUCAGGGUAUGUGUACUGCGUGCUAUGGUUUAUUACAGACCUCUAUUGACUGCUUUAUUAUUUGUCGGAAAUUCCUUUAACUUAAAGAGAGUGAGGUGAGUUCUAAGGGUAAGUAGGCUAAUUUUCGUGAUGGCUGUAUAUUUCUUCGUUGUGUACAAUGUUACAUAUUUAUAGUUUGCUGUUCUUUAUCAGCCAUGCUGUUGACGCUCAUUUUGUUCAGAUCGGUGUAAAUUAUGCAAGAGGUUUGUUGUAUAGAAUUAUCACUGGCAUCAGAUUUCUCAUCAAAACAGCAGAUAAAUCAGUAUAAGGAG